ACAACCCAUGACGGCCGACAUGGCUACUACUGCUGGAGCUGGAGAGGAUAUAGCCUUGAUCCCAGGCCUUUUGAAGGAGGCUGGAGAAGCAAUGCCACUAGAUGAAAUGAUGGGCAAAAAGUACUCUACACCUGCUCAAGUUCCUUUUCCUUUAUCAAAAUUAGUGACUGGCCAUGGUCCCAUAAAUUAUCACUCCAGUUUGGAUGAUCAAGUAGAUCACCUGGGCGCAUCGUUUCAAUGGCUAACGAAUGAAGCAUAUCGAAGAAUGAAGAUAUCUGAUGUUAGUGUUGACGAGAUCUAUUUCGCUAUAUCAAUUAUACAUAUGAAAUGUUUCGCUAAAAAUUAUGUUAACGAAUGCUUUGAGAAAGCCAAUACGCUCGCAAAGAUUUGGGGCAAACUAAAUCAUUUAUGGGAUUUCUUCAACUAUGAGCUUUUCCAACAAGUGGUUCGAGUCAUGUUCACUAAAGCAGACGAUCCUUUGCUGAGCGAACUAGCCAAGUACGAGAGUGAGAUGGAAAUAUUUUGUUCUAGAACAAAGUUUUGUGACUUUGUUAACCAUUGGCCAUUUUCAAUUGCAAAACCGAAGCAAAAAGCGAUAAAAAAACUUAAAAAAAUACUCGUUACAGUGGACCAAAAAUGGGAAGAUUGCACUUUACAUGAUGCUAAAAGAAUUUUUUCAGUAAGCUUUUCGCUACCUCAGGAAUUUAUGGUGUUGAAAGGUGCUUGUACCGGGAUCCUCCCUCCAUCUGUGGCCAGCUCAAUAAAGAAACUACAAGUUUUGACAAUGGAAACACUAGAGAAAGAAAAUAAAAUCACUGACGAGCAGCUGGACACAAGAGUAGAAGAAACUGAUCUACCUCAAUUAUCCUCAUAUUUCGACAACACUGACGACUAUGUUGAAAUGCUGGGGCUCUCACCUGGACAGCAAACUUGUGUCAUUGAAGAGAAGGCUAGAACAGCCAUAAAUCAGACACAAGCUGGAAUAAAGUUGGCUCUGAAAUACUGGCUGGACAGAGUUCUUGCAGAGGGCACGUUCAGAGCUCUGCUACUUAUCCUAAUCUCCCUGGACAAAGGAGACAUUGCUAUCAAGGUGGCACAGUACUUGUCAGCCAAAGGAGAAGCUGUUGUGGAAGUCACUAAAAAAUCUAACGAGUUCAGCAGUUUUGGAAUUAAAAUUACCGUCCCGGAAAAUUCGCUACCUGAAGGUAUCGAUACGUGUGUCCUACACAUAUCCUUCGAGUUAUCCACUAACUUUGAGAUUCCCGCUAACUCAGAACUACUCAGUUCAAUUUAUCGUGUGAAGUGUGAGCCCAAAAUGCAGUUCAAGAAGCCUGUCACCCUGGAAAUGCAACACUGCAUGAGCUUAAACUCUGACCAUCAACAAAGGCUUGUCUUUGCUCGAGCAACAGAUCAGAGUAAAAAGUUUGAGAUCCUGGAGGGUGGUCACUUUCCUAUUGGUGAACGCUAUGGAUCCAUCCAGCUUACUAGUUUCAGUUGGUUUACAACUUUGUGUGAAUUAUUAGGCUAUCCAACUGAGAAGAUGUACAGUGCAUUGCUCUUCAGAAAUAACUUGCCCUGUGACGUAAUUGACAUGAAAUGUGUGGUAUGUCAGGAUCUAGACACUCAUGUAAAGGUAAUUAGAGAGGCUUUAGAAAGAGAUGGAUUCACAAAAGAAAUGGAUCUAGAUCAAAUUCAAUUUGAAAAUACAGUAGAGAUGAAGCUACAUUCAGAGAAUCCCGAGCUUUGGACUGUUACUAGAGUAACAUCCACUCUGUCCAGAGAUUGUAUUGAGGGAUACUCAAGCGUGUUGGAUUCUAAUAGACGGCGUGGAGUUAUUCCAGCCAUCCAUUAUAGAUUUAACCUAAAGGAAAAAAAUAUUUCUGAAUCAGUAAACUUUCUGCUGACAAAAACCGAUUUAGAGAGCCAACACUUGAUCCUACAUAUUUGCUUUUCCUCAGUACCCCACACUCUGGGAAAUAGUGACUCAGCUACACAGAGAGUAUGUCAGACUGCCGGGAAGAGUGACUUAACCACACAGAGAGGUUAUGAAGUGUCAACAAGCUAUGAUUGCGAAUCCAUUGUGAAGACCUCAUCAUCAGCUAGUCGAAUCCCUCUCCAAGAUCUAAUAAAGCGAUACCGCCUGACUGACAAGCAACUCAACAGUGAAAUCAAGAAAUCUGAUACUCCCGUUAUAGCCCACUAUUUCGAAAAUGUGCAACUUUAUUCGAGUGCAAUGGAACUAACUCUUGCUGAAGAAGCUGAUGUGAAAGAAUUGCGUCGUGUAGAUGGCAAUCAAACAGCCAUGAUGAAGUGCUUGCAAAUCUGGAAAAAGCAUGCUCCUUCUCAAGCAACUUACAGAGCUCUACUGGAUAUUGUACUGGGAUUGGGGGAAGGUAACACAGCUCAUCAAAUCUGUCAGCAAUUUACUCGACUGAAACUCUCCUCCUCUGACAAGCCGUACCACAAAACGCUGUUUGAAGUUGCAUAUAGGCAAGGAAAGAACAAGUGGUAUAACAUUGGCAUCAGUCUGAAUGUGUCUGUGUUUGAUUUGGAAUCCAUUCGGAAAAACAAUCCAUCGGACGUUGGAGAUUGUUUCCGUGCAAUGUUGCUGAAGUGGUUUGAAAGCAGUCCUGACUGCUACCUUUACGAUUUCCUGAAAGCUCUCAGAUCAGAGCCUGUGGAACUUGAAAACCUCUGUCCAAAAGUCGAGGAAGCCAUCUUAAAUAUUGCAAAAUUAGGCACAGCUUCUGAAGUGGGAGGAGUUGGUCUACAAGAGCUGAUGGACCAUGUCGAUACCGUCCAACUUGAUAGAGAGAUCCCUGAUGAUGAACUCCCAGUCAUAGCUGCCUAUUUCAACAAUGUGGAGCUCUACUCUCAAGCAAUGGGUCUGACUCCCGCUGAACAAGAUGAUGUUAGAACUUCCCUCCAUCAAUACGAUACUCAGACAGCCAUAACCAGGUGCUUGUUGUUAUGGCAGCAACGCGACCCAUACAAGGCAACGUACAGAGCACUGUUGGAGCUGCUACUGAGAUUACAUAGAACACAAGUAGCUACUCAAGUCUGUCAGUACCUGGCUCAGAAUAAGAUGGAGGGUGUGGUCACUGGCUCGGACUUAUGAACUGAUUAUAUACGCAAGCAAGCAAGUAUCCGACUGUACAGGACACACGUUAUGUAUGUAGAUCUAUUUUUAGUAUUGGAUAUUUCCAUGUAGUCUUUGUACAAAAUGCAAUAAUUAUAUAUAAUAGUGUAAAAUAUAUAAUUGUACUAGCUAGUCCACUGCCAUUAAAUUAAUUUUCUACUGUUUGCA